CCCCCACCCAUCCCUUGCCCGUUCGUCCUCCUCCCUCCCCUCUACGGAACAGAACAGCCCUGCCCAACCAAAGAACCUUGAGAGCCUUGAGGUGGGGUAGGGUGUGUCUGCCUGGCACAGAGAGUAGCAGAGCAGUGCAGAGCAAAGCAGUCAGGCAAGCAGCAGCAAUGCCGUACACAGCUCCGCGGCCGUCGCCGCAGCAGCACAGCCGUGUACUGAGCGGCGGCGGGGCGAAGGCGGCGUCGCACGGGGCGUCGUGCGCGGCGGUGCCGGCGGAGGUGGCGCGGCACCACGAGCACGCGGCGCGCGCGGGGCAGUGCUGCUCGGCGGUGGUGCAGGCGAUCGCGGCGCCCGUGGGGGCGGUGUGGUCGGUGGUGCGGCGCUUCGACCGCCCGCAGGCGUACAAGCACUUCAUCCGGAGCUGCCGCCUCGUGGGCGGCGGCGACGUGGCCGUGGGGUCGGUGCGCGAGGUGCGGGUCGUCUCGGGCCUCCCCGCCACCAGCAGCCGCGAGCGGCUCGAGAUCCUGGACGACGAGCGCCGCGUGCUCAGCUUCCGCGUCGUCGGCGGCGAGCACCGCCUCGCCAACUACCGGUCGGUCACCACCGUGCACGAGGCCGGCGCCGGCGCCGGCACCGGCACCGUCGUGGUGGAGUCGUACGUGGUGGACGUGCCACACGGCAACACCGCGGACGAGACGCGCGUGUUCGUCGACACCAUCGUGCGCUGCAACCUCCAGUCGCUGGCGCGCACCGCCGAGCGCCUCGCCUAGAGAGACGAGACCAGACGAGACGAGAGCCCUGCUGGCGGCUGGCGCCGGCGCCUUGUUUCUUGACUCCGUCGUGUUCUUUUGCCCUCCAAGGGGAGGAGAUCAGAUCGAUCCGUGAACUCGAUUGAGGUUCUAGGAUAGCCUGUGUUUCGUUUUCUUUUUCUUUUCUCUGUUUGCGACACAGAGUACAAAUCAUUGUAUGGGUGUUGCCUGAUAUCAUUAACCCUUAUUCAUC